GAGAGACACCACGGAAGUCGAUGGUAACGUCGUUCUCGCUCGUUCUCGAAGGUUCCAGAAUGUAAUAGAAGCAAAAUUAUAUAUAUGAGGCUGCGCAGCUUGGUCCACUUUUCAGUUCAUACUGAGAGUUCAACCUGAUUUUAUACACGUUAUUCCGAGUUUCUUUUCUUACGACAAAAUCGUAAGAUUUUUGGAUUAUUAUUGUGUGUGAAUAGUGUUAUACAUCCUACGUCUUAUUAUUCGUCUCAUUGAUAGGAAAAAGUUAGAAAGCUGAGUCCAUCAGUUACAAGUACCUGUCGUGUCUCUCCACGCUCUCAGAAAGAGAGACAACCCGCGAUCAUUCCCCGAAAUAGACGAUACAUAUUCGUGUGUAGGUGGUUUGUCGAGGGACUGAGAAAAGAUCGGCACAUUAAAAAUAAGAUAAUGAAGUUAACACACAGAUGGAAGAAAUCAGCAGUAAAAAGUUUUUCAAAAGCUUCCAAGAUGGGUACAGACUACUAUAAAACUCUGUCAAUAGCCAAGGGUGCGAGUGACGACGAGAUAAAGAAGGCGUACCGUAAGUUAGCUCUUAAAUAUCAUCCAGACAAGAACAAAAGUCCCGGAGCUGAGGAGAAAUUCAAGGAAAUUGCUGAAGCUUACGAAGUACUGUCUGACGCGAAAAAACGCGAAGUGUACGACAAAUACGGUGAAGAAGGCCUGAAGGCUGGCGUACCAUCGGGUAAUAACGGAGGCAGUGGUGGUCCACACUACUCAUUCCAUGGUGAUCCUCGAGCAACAUUUGCCCAAUUCUUUGGUUCAGCAUCACCAUUCGCCACAUUCUUCGAGUUUGGACCUGGUAGUAACAGCCGUGGAUUCACCUUUGGUGAUGACAUGGACAUGGAGGAUCCAUUCGAGCUGAGGAUGGCCGGACAGAGGCCCGGUGGUGGUAGUGGUGCAUUCCGUUCACACUCGUUCAACUUUGCACCUGGUGGUGGUCGUAUGCCAGGGCAAAAGGAUCAGGGACAGGAUCCACCUAUUGAACACGAUCUUUACGUCACUCUCGAGGACAUUGCCAAGGGUUGCCUGAAGAAAAUGAAGAUAUCUAGGAGAGUUGUUCAGCCAGAUGGUACAACCAAGAAAGAGGACAAAGUACUGACGAUUAAUGUAAAACCAGGAUGGAAAGCAGGAACCAAGAUAACUUUCCAAAAGGAGGGCGAUCAGGGACGUGGUAAGGUGCCAGCUGACAUUGUAUUCAUCAUCAGGGACAAACCACAUCCAUUAUAUAGGCGCGAAGGUCAGGACAUCAGAUAUACGUGCAAAUUGAGCUUGAAACAAGCAUUAUGUGGCACUGUCGUUGAUGUGCCAACGUUAAGUGGCGAAAAAAUAUCACUCAAUCUGACGAGGGACGUUGUUAAACCAAAUAUGGUUAAGAGAAUUCAGGGACAGGGUUUGCCAUUCCCUAAAGAGCCAUCGCGCAGAGGUGAUUUGCUAGUAUCGUUUGACAUCAAAUUUCCGGAUACAUUGGCACAAAGUGCUAAAGACAUUUUGUACGAUACAUUACCGCAUUGAAAAGUCCCUUGUUUUGCUUUUAUUUUAUAAUAAAAAUUAUUGAAAAUAAUUCAACGAGAAAAAUAUAAAUAUGAAUAGGGACGAUCAAUUGACACGUAUGGCAGUUAGAUAUAUAAUCGUGAAGGGUGUACGUUGUAGUACAUUGUUACGUUGAAAGAAAAACGCGUAAAUAAUGAUAUAAAAACAAUGAAAUAUAUACACGGGAUUUGAGCCAAUAAAUGCUAAUCGACUGAUUAACGUUUCUGGCAUUAAACACUGGCCAUCCCCCUUUAAUCGAAGGUCUCUUAACCGGUUUUUAUUUGCAAAGAGGGAGAAGAAAAGAGUGUGUCGUGUUGUGUCAAGAGAUGAUUGGUUUUCGUCUUUUUUUUAAGUGUUAGUGCGGAUGGAGGAAUCGUAGUAAUGAUGCUCGAAUUUCAUCUUAAUUUCCCUUUCUAUUUUUCGGCAUACCAAGGUGAAUGUCGCGUGAGUCACAAUUAUUAUGACUUUAGGUAGACUAUUACAAUUAUGAGGGAGGAUCAGUUUAUUUAAUUGCCACGUGAGUUACGAAUUGUGAAGGACGAAGGUGAAAUUCAGAAGCGAGAGUUGUAGAAUAUUCAACGAUAUUGGUACAAUAAUUAUGGGGGGUCUCACUGUCGUGAUAAAUUUUUUUUUCAUCAAUGGGAGAAUUAGUUGUGUGAUAGUGUUCGAUGAAUGCGUCAUAAUUGGGGAAAAUUUAUGAAAUGUAAUCAAUUAUUCGAGAAGAUGAUUAAGUGAAAAUCAUUUGUACACAUUAAUAAUAUAAUGAAGAUACUUUAAGUUA